AGGCGGCGAAGGCAUGGGACUUCUCUGGCAGCGGCACCAUUUUGAUCCAGUUUGACUGAUCGUACAUGGCCAGGAGAGGGAAGAUCAGGGAUUCAAGCGCGCGUUUCUGACGGUGCAUCGCUGGCGGGAUGCGGGCGAUUGCGACGGUGCACAAGUGGCAUGACGCAUGCGCUUCUUUUCUUUUGUAUCGGCUGGCGGGACGCCUGCGCUUAUCGCGGAGUACGCGUGGGAUUCUCUGUUGGAGCACGUCGGACGCGACAUGAGCAUAACCGGGGGUACGCCGAGGGUCAUUUCGUGCGCUUCUAACAUGCUCUCGGGGCGCGUCACCGAAAUCAGUCUUGACAUGGGUAACUGCAGGUGGCGUCCAUAUGGCAAAUGGGCUUGGCAGCAUCUGGGCGUUACCCACGUGCUGGGAUUUUCAGUGGCAAGCUUUCACCGUUGAGUUGUCGGAGGGACAACAUUUACACUUCGCACAGCUGACGCUGUUUAUGGCAGUAGUGUUGUGUGCAACUGAAGGCUACCAGCGGCACAUUACAUGCACCACAAAUCUGUCUUGUGUUUGGCAUGUCUUGUUUGUAGUCCCCCUCCCUCCCACUGCACUGCAUUUGCCAUUCGACCAGCCAGUCACAGAGAGGCACAGCAUAUGACCCGCCAGUCCACUGAGUAGCUAUGAUGGGUUUUUAUGGUUAAUAAUCCCCUUGUGAUGUU